AUGGUAUUUUCAAUCAUCAGCCAAGAAGCGACCCCUCCUCCACCUCCACCCAUCGUCAUCAACAAGUAUUCAGACGAGCAGCUCAGAACCAUAGUCAAAUUAAUGAGAGAGAGACUGCAGCUCUACAAGGAGAAAGUGGAGGAUCAGUAUGCUACGUCCCCUGAGAUCAGCCCUCCUGUCACACCUGUGCUGCUCAAAGACACCUACACAAAAGUCAUAGAGGAGAGGAAAAGGCAAGCAGAGGAGGAGCGUAUAAAGAAGGAAGAAGCUGAGAAGAAGAAGAAAGAGGAGCAGGAGAAGAAAAAGCAGGAGGCCGAGCAGAAGAAGAAGGAAGAGGAGGAUAAAAAGAAAGCAGAGAGUAAAGAUGAGAAAAAGGAGGAGAAGAGCAUGAAGUCCAAGUUAAUUGAAGCUAUCUGGUUUUGGGUGGAUGUUGUGCUGAUGCCAAUUGAGGACCUGAUGGACUCAGUGCUGGGGAAGACCAUCGACCCUUUUACAGACCGUCGCUACAUCGCCUGGCUGAGCUUGGUGACUCUGGCCUUCAACUACAAUACCUGGUUCAUUACAGCCCGUCUGUGUUUCCCGUACCACACUGAAAGCGCCAUCCCAUACUGGUUUGCCCUGGAUGUGGUGGCCGACCUCAUCUACCUCACAGACUCCAUCCUCUUCCAGUCCCGCAAACAGUUUGUCAAAGCAGGAGACAUCAUAAAAGACAGAGCGGUGACAAGGGAGUACUACAGACAUUCUGAGAGAUUCAUGAUGGACAUGAUGUGCCUCAUCCCAUUCGACUUGCUGUACUUACAGUUUGGAUUCAAAUCCAUUUUCAGAGCCAAUCGUCUGCUGAAGGCAGAUACAUUUUUUGAGUUCAGCGAUCGUCUAGAGAGCAUCAUGGCCAAGGCUUACAUCUGGAGAGUGAUUCGGACCAUCGGAUAUCUUCUCUUCAUGCUCCACCUCAACGCCUGCUUCUACUAUGUAGCUUCAGAGUACCAGGGCCUCGGGUCAACUAAAUGGGUCUACUCUGGGCUGGGCAGCGCGUAUCUGCGUUGUUACUACCACGCUGUCCGCAGUCUGAUCAACAUCGGGGGUCUUAACGAACCCCAUACCGUCUUUGAGAUUACCUUUCAGAUGACUAACUUUUUCACGGGCGUCUUUGUGUUCUCCAGUUUGAUUGGACAGAUGAGAGACGUCAUCGGUGCAGCCACAGCAGGACAGACCUACUUCCGAGCCUCCAUGGACGGCACCGUGGACUACAUGGUGACCAACCACAUCCCCUCUUUGGUGCAGAGCCGGGUCCGCACCUGGUACACCUACACCUGGGACGCUCAGGGCAUGCUGGAUGAGUCCGAGCUGCUGGAUAAGAUGCCUCUGGUGAUGAGAACUGCCAUUGCUGUUGAUAUCAACCUAUCCACCUUUCAGAAGAUUGAUCUUUUCAAGGGCUGUGACCAGCAAAUGUUGGUGGACAUGUUACUGAGGCUCAAGUCCAUCAUCUAUUUACCUGGAGACUUUGUCGUCAAGAAAGGGGACAUCGGUAAAGAGAUGUACAUCAUUAAAAGUGGAGCGGUGCAGGUGGUGGGAGGACCUGACAACAGUAUCGUGUUUGUCACACUGAAGGCUGGCUGUGUGUUUGGAGAAAUCAGUCUGUUGCAGUCAUCCAAAGAUGGAGGGAACAGGCGGACAGCUAAUGUCAAAGCCUACGGCUUCGCUAAUCUUUUCGUCCUGGAGAAGAAAGACCUGUUUGACAUCCUGGUCCACUAUCCAGAGUCUCAGAAAGUGUUGGCUAGGAAGGGAAGGAAACUCAUGAAGGCGAAGGCUCCAGCAGCAGCUAAUGCAGAAGUGGAAAAGAAGAAAGGACUGGUGCUGUUCGGACCCAAACCGCCCACACCCAAACUGCUGCGUGCUUUUGGUGGAAACACUAACUUCUUGGAAAAAUUGAGGGGUGCUACUGCCGGUGGCCAGUGAGGAUUGUAGUGAGCUUUUUUUUUUUUUUUUAUAACUUCUUUUUGGAAGUGAAUGUACAGUUUUGUUUUCAACCUCUUUUUGUAAUGAGUGUGUAUAUCCUGUCAUUUUAAGAUAUUGUUAAAAAACGGAUGCUUCCCAGAGUCAAAAAUUUGGUUUGACAUGCUUGGACCACUCAACAAAA